AUGCGCGAGCACCCAGCGGUGCGCGCGGCCACACAGCGACCCUAGGCUAAGGUGCCGGGGUCCUAGGACCCGGCCCGGGUCGCUGCCGCAGCCCUGAGGCUGCCUGGGGAGGAGGCUGCCCACCCUCUUGUCAUUGCUCCUGCAGCGUCAGCAGCCUCUUCGCUGGGACUGCGCGACACCGACCCCCGACUGGGCGCCUGCGGUGUCCUAAGCCCGGUGCUGGGCACGGUCCAGUCUUUUAGCCCAUUAAGGCCUCGCCAGCCCCUCGAGGGACUGCAAUUAAAAAUGCUUCGCGGGGGCCGGGCGCGGUGGCUCACACCUGUAAUCCCAGCACUUCGGGAGGUCGAGGCGGCUGGAUCACCGGAGGUCAGGAGUUCGAGACCAGCCUGGCCAACAUGGCGAAACCUGGUCUGUACUAAAAAUACAAAAAUUAGCCGGGCGCGGUGGCUCACACCUGUAAUCCCCAGCACUUUGGGAGACCGAGCGCCCUACAAGGGAUGCCAGGCAAUAAUGAAGGUUCUUUUACUGAAGGAUGCUAAGGAAGACGACUGUGGCCAGGAUCCGUAUAUCAGGGAAUUGGGAUUAUAUGGACUUGAAGCCACUUUGAUCCCUGUUUUAUCAUUUGAGUUUUUGUCUCUUACCAGUUUCUCUGAGAAGCUUUCUCAUCCUGAAGAUUAUGGGGGACUCAUUUUUACCAGCCCCAGAGCAGUGGAAGCAGCAGAGUUGUGUUUGGAUCAAGACAAUAAAACCGAAGUCUGGGAAAGGUCUCUGAAAGAAAAAUGGAAUGCCAAGUCAGUGUAUGUGGUUGGAGAUGCUACUGCUUCUCUGGUGAGUAAAAUUGGCCUGGAUACGGAAGGAGAAACCUGUGGAAAUGCAGAAAAGCUUGCAGAAUAUAUUUGUUCCAGGGAGUCCUCAGCACUGCCUCUUCUGUUUCCCUGUGGAAACCUCAAAAGAGAAAUCCUGCCGAAAACGCUCAAGGACAAAGGGAUUGCCAUGGAAAGCAUAACUGUGUAUCAGACAAUUCCACACCCAGGAAUCCAAGGGAACCUGAACAGCUACUAUUCCCAGCAGGGGGUUCCAGCCAGCAUCACAUUUUUCAGUCCCUCUGGCCUUACAUACAGUCUCAAGCACAUUCAGGAGUUAUCUGGUGACAAUAUCGAUCAAAUUAAGUUUGCAGCCAUCGGCCCCACUACGGCUCGCGCGCUGGCCGCCCAGGGCCUGCCUGUAAGCUGCACUGCAGAGAGCCCCACGCCACAAGCACUGGCCACUGGCAUCAGGAAGGCACUCCAGCCCCAUGGCUGCUGCUGAGUCAGCCACCUGGCGCUUGCCCCGGGAAGCCUUCCUGGGCUGGGCUCCUCCCGACGGGGCUGGCUCUGGAUGGAGCCAGGCAUCGGCAAGGGCUCUCGGGAGCUGAUGCCACCAGACACCUGCCUCAAGCCUGAGUAGAAAGCACCUGAGGACCAGGGAUCAGGAUCUGACCUGGGGCUGGGAUCAGGCCCAUGUGCACAUGACUGCCCUCUAUGGAAGCCAGCUUGAACCCUAGCCUUGUGAGAGCUUCCUGUGCCCAGCAGAAAGGAAAUCAAAUAAAUCACACUGGCUACCUGUG